AUGUGCGGUGACGGCACGAAUGAUGUUGGCGCUCUCAAGCAGGCUCACAUAGGUGUCGCUCUGCUCAACCAACAACCAAACCAGCAACCUAAACAACAACAACUAACUGCAACAAAACCCGCCACUCCCAAAAAUUCAUUUGCCAAAGGACUCCAGGACAACGCCGCUGAAGACGAGGUCCCAAUUGUUCAUCUCGGUGAUGCUAGUAUCGCUGCCCCCUUCACGGCGAAAAUGUCCUCGGCUAUCGGAGUUUGUCACAUUAUUCGUCAGGGCCGGUGUACGCUGGUGACAACACUGCAGAUGUUCAAAAUCCUCGCCAUCAACGCCCUCAUCUCCGCUUAUAGCCUCUCAGUACUCUUCCUCAAGGGCUUUAAGAUCUCUGACUCCCAGGCUACCAUCCAGGCCCUACUCAUGACUGGCUGUUUUCUUUUCAUUUCUCGCUCAAAGGUGAGACCUUUGUUUACACGGCUCUCUAUCGUCGUGGCAGUAGCGGAGACUUGCUUAUGA